AUUGGGGUUGCCACGAGGAGAUCCUUGCCGGAAAAGCACGGGAUUUAACCCAGUGGGAUAAAUGGCUCCUCCGCUGCAGGAUACCGGGGUGGGGGUCGGAAUGGGAGAGAAAAAGGCGAAUGGGAGCGAAAUCUGUUCCCGCCGUUUUUUCACGUGGGAAGAAAUCGGGCUGCGCACGGGACGGAUUGAGCCUCAUCUUCGCGAGAGGUGGCUGGUAAUUGACAGGAAGGUCUACGACAUUAGCAGCUUCUUCCAGCGGCACCCGGGAGGCUCCAGAGUGAUUUCCCACUACGCGGGGCAGGAUGCCACGGAUGCAUUCACGGCAUUCCACCUGCAUAAGGCUCAAGCAAGCAAGUAUUUGAAUUCAUUGCUGAUAGGGGAACUGGCACACGAUCAACCAAGUUCUGAGCCCAGCAAGGAUGAAUUGCUUAUAAAAGACUUCCGGGAAUUGCGGUCCACUGUUGAGAAAAUGGGACUUCUGACGCCAAAUCUCUGGUUUUUCUUUCUAAUUUUUAUUCAUAUUAUAUUGUGUGACGUCGGUGCCUGGUUGACUAUCUGGUAUUUUGGGACAUCUUCAGUACCAUUCUUUGUGGGUUGUGCAUUGUUUACUAUUGCUCAGGGCCAAAUGUCCUGGUUACAACAUGACUUGGGUCAUCUUUCAGUCUUUAGUACAUCCAAAUGGAACCAUGUGGUUCAUAGGCUCUUCAUAAGUCAACUGAAAGGAUUACCAGUCAGUUGGUGGAAUAAUUUGCAUUUCCAGCAUCAUGCCAAACCAAACUGCUUUCGUAAAGACCCUGAUCUCAACAUGCAUCCCCUUGUGUUUGCUCUAGGGAAGAAACUAGCUAGAGAGAUUGGAUUGCAGAAAACAAAAUUCAUGCCUUACAAUCAUCAACACAAGUACUUCUUCAUAAUGGCACCAGUUUUAAUAAUUCCCUUCUUCCAGUUGUCCAUAUACUACUUUACAAUCAAGCGUAGAGAGUGGUUGGACCUAGCCUUGAUUAUCUCUUACCAGAUCAGGAUCUUCCUUAUCUACAUACCCAUUAUGGGAUUUAAUUCCUUUAUGGCAUACUACUGGCUGUCCAGAUUUGUGGAAGCAAAUUGGUUUAUCUGGGUUUCACAAAUGAAUCACAUUCCAAUGAAUAUUGACCAUGACGCAAACUUAGACUGGGUAUCUACCCAGCUCCACGCAACAUGCAACGUGGAUCAGUCGUUUUUCAAUGACUGGUUCACUGGUCAUCUGAAUUUCCAGAUUGAACACCACCUUUUUCCCACGAUGCCUCGCCACAACUAUAGUAAGGUGGCUCCCCUUGUGAAAUCCCUCUGUGCCAAGCAUGGUAUUCCCUACCAAAGCAAGCCUCUGCUUACAGCCUUUGGAGACAUUUUGCGAUCUCUUAAGGACUCUGGAGAAGCCUGGCUUGAAGCAUAUCUGCAUGAAUAAGCAUUAGUUUGAGAAUGAACUCCAUCCUGAUGAAGAUGCAUCACACACUAGAGGGUGGCUGAAGGGCUAAGGAAGAAUGUGGGGUCUGGUGGGUGAACAGGAUAAGUGAUAACUUUGCUGGGGUGAGGUAAUUUUGAUCCUUUCCUUCAUCCUCUGUGCAGUGUUUCCUUGGGCAUAUGUUCUGUUUGUACUGUGGCUUUUGGGGGAUAUGUGAAGGGAAAGUUUGUACCCCUGUAUGAACACUUGUAUUUCACUUGUUGCUUCUAUGAGAUUGAAACCUGGCCACCUUUUUCCUUGUUUUAGGGAGAGGGGGAGGUUGUCAGGUGGGAGAGGCAGAGAGUUUAGAGCAGAAGGGCAAAGUAAUGAGAAGAAUGAAAAUGAUAAUGUUUGUGAAUAACAUACAUGUUACUUGAAAGACAACUUGAAGUUUUAGGAUACCUUGCAAGAUCCAGUGUUUCUUAAGAGGAAAGAGCAGAAUUCUUAGAUCAGUUGGGUAUGUUCAAGUUUGAAUCUUCAAAAAUAUUGUAAAAAGAGUACUAGUUGUGAUUAGUUAGGUUUUUAAUGUUCUUGAGAGCCUUACUCAUAUUUGAUCCAGACCAUGAGUUCUGGAAGGAUUGUUUUCCCCCAGAUGGAUCUUUCCAUAUUGAAUACAGAAAAACAUUUAAGUAUGCUGUCAGCAAGACCACGUUGCUUCCAUGCUAUCGAAGUCCCAAGUGAUAUCUUAACCAGAAACUAUGGCCCACCUCCAUACCAAUAUUUGAGCUUCAGCAGAAAUAGCACAAUUGAUGCUCAGUUGUAUGCAGAUUCAGUGCAGACCUCUAGCUCACACACUUUUUAAAGUGUAUGGUAGUAGGAAGGAGGACUCUUCCACUGUAGUCUGGACCACAGCCUCUGGAAAGUUGAGACCUGGGGUCAUGACCUUUGUCUGGCAGCAUGAUUGAGACAAUUUCUUUGUUAAAUAUCUGUUGUAUUAAUGUGUGAUUGGUGCUUUUCAGUCUUCUGUUUAUCCUUUAGCACACCCCUCUAGGAUGUAUGCCACGUCA